UACCGGUUUAAAUGGCAAAGAGGUGCAGAAGUACAUAAGGAAGGGGUUGCAAGAGGUGGGACCUACUUUAAACUACUCCAUUCCAGAUACUGCCAUAGCCGGAGAGCAGUUUUGUGGUUGUGGUUGAACUGGAAUAGGUUGGCAGUAAUGGCGACUGCGAUCGUAAAGGAAACUGCAAGCAUUAAGCAUGCUGUGUCAAUAAUCAACUCCAUGGACAUGGGGAAAUUUCCCAGACUGCUCUCUCGCAUCUUCCAAAAACUUCAUCUCAAGGCUGAACGCAGUUUUAGUGAAGAGGAGGAAGAAAAGCUUCAGGCAGCAUUUGCAUUGGAUAAGCAGGAUCUCAACUUAGUCUUAGAGACUAUCUCCUUUAUUUUGGAACAGGCUGUAUAUCAUAAUUUGAAAGCAACAGUGUUACGGCAGCAGUUGGAGAACAUCCAUCUUGAGCAGAGUAAAGUUGAAGCUUUUGUUAAUGCCUGGGAGAUUUCAGGCCAGGACACUGUAGAAAAGUUCAGACAAAGAAUCUUGGCUCCCAAAAAGCUGGAGACAACUGCCUGGCAGCUCAACCUCCAGAUGGCUCAAUCCACCCAAGCAAAAAUGAAAUCUCCCCAGGCUGUGAUAGAACUUGGAGUUAGCAGUGAAGACACAAAGAGUCUGGAGAAAGUGUUUGUGGAGUUUAACCAUGAGGAGCUGUUGGAGUUCUAUAACAAGCUUGAGACUAUCCAGGCACAGCUGGAUUCCCUUACGUGAUGUCUUAAAGAUGGGUUCCUCCACUGCACUCCUGCCACCUCAUUAUUUUGCAUUGAAGAUAGAUUGCAGAGCUAUGUUUGCUGAAGGAAUCAAUGGGCUGCUUCCUCGAAAAUUAUAUGGCUUAUCUCCUCUUAGACUAGCAACAUUAGGCAGGGAAGAUCAUUUGAAGAAUGCCAAGGGUAUAAUUGUCUUUCCAGCUGAAUUCUGUCAAUGCAAGGUGCUUGUAUAAACAAAAAAAAAUAAAUAAGGCCUCAUCUAUCCAUUCUACAAUUAGGGUUCCUAAUGUUCUGUACAAAUGUACCAAUACACAUACCCACACUGACAUAUCUGCACAAUUACACCAUGCAGCAGGGGGAUCAUGUAUGAAACAUGCACACAUUCAAGAUUUAAAUGUUCUCUCAGGACUUAAAAAGGUUAAAGAAAAAGUCAACAUUUGUCUAAAUGGGCAUGAAGUCUUCAUCUGAAGCUGCAUUUUACUUAUCAAUAUCUAAGUUCAGACCUAAAUUCUAGCUAUCUAUUAAGCUUUAAGGGUAAUUUAUAGCUGCUGGGAGUGCCAGAAUUUGUAUUUGUAUAUCUGCAGUAUGUACAGGGCCUUUGUUUGGGGUGGGGUACGUCAGCUGCUGCAGGAUGCUGGAAAUUGUACAAUAACAGCUGGAACCACAUUCUGGAGAUCCCUGCUGUGAAGACACAGUUACUAAUGAUAUUUAGUUUAAUAACAAGCUGCCCAGCAUUCGGUGCUGUAAAUGACUGAUAGUGAAAUGUACAAGGAAUGCCUUACAGAUAAUAUUCUAUCACCUUCAUUUCUGGAAAUGACUGAUGAAUGUUUUCUGAAGGAUGUCAUCUUCGAAGGACAGAAGUGAAUGUGUAUACAAAAUUUGGUGUUUGAUCAAACAUAUUACAGGUUCAGCUCUCAGUGGAACUAAAAAGAAAAUGUUCUUAAAUGUGCAUCUUUUUUCCUUCAUUUGCUUUAAUUUAAAGAAUAAUCACUAAAUCCCUAAAAUUAUUUACUGUACCAGCCCAGAGGUUCAGACGCCACAUAAAAGUAAUGAUUUAUUCCUUCAAUUUUUUUCCAGGAGCUUGCCAUCUUGGAUCUUGUUAGCCCAUCUUUUCAGUGUCAGUGGCACUGCACAGGCUCAGUGUGCCCUAGGCACCUCUUGGGAAGCUCAUUGAAAAUCAACAGAAAGUAAGGGUACAUUUGCCAUAGAAGCUGAUGUUCCAGGCUGGCUGAUUGGGAUGCAAAAUGCACUGUUUUUUUGCUGCCAUUUAACGUCAAUCUGUACAAAUAGUGAGCUUUAUAUUGUAUAUAACCAUUCCCUAAGAUUCAGUUACUGACAGCAGUCUAGAGGAUAUGCUGUGAUUUAACAGAAAAGAAAUAUUGAGGGCAUUUCUAGAGGCAGAGAUCUACACUGCUAAAUUUCUUUGUUAACCUUGGGCUGGUACAGAAGACUAAAACAUGAGGUACACUGAUUGCCAGUUCUUAGUUGAGCUUUAGUUCUCCUUUAAAUCAGCCUUAUGUUCUGAGGUAUAACUGUCAGUAUGCAUUCACCCCAGUCUUUCCUGAACUGUUCCUUUAAGAAUAGGCUAUAUUCCAGUGGCGGGCCUAUGGUUAUGUGCACCCAGGGCAAGCUCUCCACCCCCUUCCCGCUCGUGUGCUUGCCCCCAUCCUCCAUAGGGGAAGCCAUGUCAGAAGAGGUAUGUGCCAAGUGCCCCCCCCCCAUCAAAUACUGCACCCUAGUCACAUGCCUUUUCUGCCUACCUCUAGUUCUGGCCCUGUAAAUCACUAAGGGAAUCAGCUGCAUAUUUUCUAUAUAUGAUUGAUUCUCCAUACCAAUAGGUUAUGCACUUUUAUGUUGUUCAGUGGUUAAUGCACAUCUGAUGGUGGAAGUUAACUUCUAUUCUAUUAUUAUAAAUACGGUAUCUUUUCCCUAUAAGCACAUUUAUUGUAACAACAACAUUCACUACUGUGGAAGACACACAAACCCUUCAUACUAUAAAGGCUACCACUGUUCUAAAUGCAUUGCCUGUUGCUGGGAAAAUCGUUUUAAUAUCUGUGUUUCCUUUGAAAUAAUUUAUAAAUACCAAUGAAUCUUUAUUAUCACAGAACUGAAUUGCUGUUGUGCAGAUAUAUCGCUGAGUUGUUUACUCUCACUUGUCUUCAGAUCUUCAAUGAUCUUCCCUCAAGGCUAGUGUUGUGAAAUAAAAGGACAUUUUUAAA